AUGCCCAUGGCCUCACCCGAGAACUUGUUCGCGUUACAGACCGAGCAAAGAAAUGCAAAGAGUCUCGAUAUUGAUCAGGUUCCUACCCUCGAUCUCUGUCAAAUCAUCAAUUCAGAAGACGCCACUGUUUCGGAGGCUGUAUCAAGAUGCAUCCCUGUCAUCGCGGCCGCCAUUGAUUGCUUAGCUGCAAGAGUCCGGUCUGGUGGCAGAGUGAUAUAUGUUGGCGCUGGGACCAGCGGAAGGCUGGGUGUUUUGGACGCUUCCGAGAUUCCACCCACUUAUUCUGCUCCAGAGGGCCAGUUUGUCGGCAUCAUCGCCGGUGGAGAUGCGGCCCUUCGACAUGCACAAGAAGGUGCAGAAGAUGAUCUUGCUGCCGCAGUCCAAGAUCUGAAAGCUCUCCAAUUGAAUGGCGCAGUUGACUCAUUGAUCGGUAUCGCAGCGUCUGGUCGUACUCCUUAUGUAUUGAGCUGCCUCUCUUAUGCUAAGAGUCUCGGUUGUGCAACUAUUGGCGUGGCCUGCGCACGGCCUUCCGCCAUGAGUACCAGUGGAGAUGUAGACUUCAUGAUUGAUGCUGUUGUCGGCCCUGAAGUCAUUACAGGAAGCACGAGAAUGAAAGCCGGUACGGCAACGAAGCUGGUCCUGAAUAUGCUCAGUACGGGAACGAUGAUCAAGACCGGGAAGACUUACGGGAAUAUGAUGGUUGAUCUCAGAGCAACCAACUUCAAACUGCAACAACGAUCUCGAAACAUAUUGCGGGCUAUCGGUGGCACUCAAUGUCCCGACUCGGAUGCCGAUCUCGAUGCUCUUCUCGCCAGCUGCCAGGGCAGUGUCAAGCUCGCCAUUGCAACAAUAGGCUUGGGAACCUCUGUAGAGGAAGCGAAGCGGCGCUUGGAAGACGCCGGUGGUGUCCUAGCAAAUGUCUUGAAGAAGCCUCCUCAUGAAUGUAUGAAGAGUCAGCCAAACGCAGACUCCGGAGCUCCAGAGUAUGUUCUUUGCGUUGAUGGCGGUGGGAGUAAAUGCGCCGCAGUUGUGACCUCUGCAGAUGGUCAGAUAGGGUACGGCGAAGGACCAGGUUGCAAUGUAACAGACGUUGGUGUCGAAUCUGCAAUUCAGUCGAUAUCGUUAGCUAUACAAAGAGCAUGCGAUUCGCACUCCUCAGUCAGGGCUGGGCCGUGGACUCCUGGCCUUUUCUCGUCCAUCUGGAUCGCCCUCGCCGGCCAUGAUCGGAAGGAGGUUGCAGUCACCGUAGACGACAUGAUGGCAAAGCUCUUCAAGCGGAGCCUGGGAGCCACCUUGAGGGUUACGAACGACAUCGAGUUGCUUGCUGUCUCGGCAGCAGAGAAGAGCGAGGCCAGCUCUGCAAUUGUGCUCGUUGCAGGAACAGGGUCGAUCGCAAUGGCUUUUCAACGUCAAGGGAAUGGGUUUGUCCGGAGUGGAAGAUCGGGAGGAUGGGGUCAUCUGCUUGGUGAUGAUGGCUCGGGCUUUGACAUCGGGCGACAGGCUGUCCGCCUGGCACUGUCCGCAGUUGACGAGUUCAACAAUCGCAGCCUCCGCCACAGCCUGGACGACGACAAGCUGUUCGCCCCGACUGCACUCGCUCAACGAAUUUUCGACUCCUUCUGCCUCAAUGAUCCUACCCAGCCGACCUUGGACCUGCUGAGCUCCGUGCUGUCGUCCGCUUCGGAGAUGGAGAAGAAGAAACAGAUUGCGCAGGUUGCACGACUUGUGAUCGAUGCAAGUGCAGUGGAUGUACAAGCAAAGAAUAUUGUCCAGAAGGCCGUGAACAGUCUCGUCAGGCUGCUUGAUCCGCUCAUACGGUCUGGACAAAUUGACCUGUCAACAUCCAGCCUAGUGCUGGCCGGCGGCUUGAUGCAGAGUCCAGUCUUUGUGGACGCAUUCAAAGAGGCCUUGCUUGUCGCCGGGUUCUCCUUCCGAGAUAUCGAAGUAGUCAAUCAGCCGGCGAUACUAGGUGCCCAACAUUUGUUGCGGAUGCAACAAGGCUGA